CUCUCUCUCUCUCUCUCUCACUCUAUCUUUGGUCUUCUUCCUUCUACCCUACACAGAGAUUCUAAUAAUGGAAAUGGAAGAUCAUCAUCACCAACUUCAUCAUCAGCAGAACCACCACUACGGUUGUUUAACCGAUCUGUUAAUGAACAACGCUCCUAUGCACCAAUCCCAACCACCGCAACCACCAAUAACACUAGGCGGAGCCACCAGCCACCACCAGCAGCACCACCACCGCAACCUGCCACCGUUGCCGGAGACAACGAUGACGAUGUUUGAGAUGAUGGGAGCGCCACGUGGGGUGGUUAUGAAUAGCGAGUUGGCAUCAACAACAAGAGGAUCAGGUGUGGGAGGGUGCAUGGGUGGGGAUGCAUCCUCAAACAACGGAAGAUGGCCAAGACAAGAGACUCUCACUCUUCUUGAGAUCAGAUCUAAGCUUCACCCUAAAUUCAAAGAUGCUAAUCACAAAGGUCCCUUAUGGGAACAAGUUUCCAGGAUAAUGUUAGAAGAACAUGGAUACCAAAGGAGUGGAAAGAAAUGCAGGGAGAAGUUUGAGAAUCUGUACAAAUAUUAUAAGAAGACAAAGGAAGGAAAAGCAGCAAGACAAGAUGGGAAGCAUUAUAGGUUCUUUCGCCAACUUGAAGCCUUGUUUGGAGACAACAACAACAAUUCCAACAACUUUGUUACCAACAACAACCUUAUUAAUUUACAAACAAAUCAAGACAAGUUUCAUAAUCAUCACUAUUCUCAUCAUCAUCACAAUAACAAUUAUAAUAAUAAUAGUGUAAGCCUCAUCACAAACUCCACUAGUGAGUUUGACACAUCAUCAUCAGAGACUGAUGAUGAUCAUGAAUCGAGGAAGAGGAAGAGGAGGAGGUGGAAGAUGAAGAUGAAGAUGAAGGAGUUCAUUGACUCGCAAAUGAGCAAGCUUGUGAAGAAGCAAGAGGAAUGGCUUGAGAAGCUAGUGAAGACAUUUAUUAUUGAAUAA